AUGACAAGUCCGGAUUCGACUACAACGUCUUACUCAACAGACAACAAAGGAACUGGAAUCAUUGUUGCAAUAUGUAUCAUUGUCGGUAUCAGCACUCUUUUCGUCGCCAUGCGGCUGUUUGUCCGCAUCAAGAUUCUUGGACAAACCCAUUUGGAUGAUCACCUUACUGUUCUUUCUCUGCUUCUCAGCUACACGACGAUAGCUCUAGAAAUUUGGGCCAUUCGAUGCGGUAACGGUCGGCAUGCGGAUACCCUUUCUCAAGAACAGCAAUCCGCAGCAAUCCUAUCCACAAUAUCAGGAUUUCCUCCAAACGUCCUCGCAUACACUAUACCGAAGUUUGCCGUCGUGGCACUCCUCGUGAGGAUAUUGAAUCCAGGAAGGAUGCAUCAAGUACUGCUCUGGGGCAUGGCGACCGGGUGUCUGGUGCUGGUGUCCCUCUGCAUCAUCAUUCUCUUUGCUCAGUGCACCCCUACUCACGCUCAAUGGGACUUCAAAGUGACUGAAAAGAGCUGUUGGAGUCCAUGGGUUCUUGUAAACGUCGCGUUAUUGACAGGAGCAUACUCCGCGGCGCUUGACUUAUACCUUGCAGUUUAUCCAGCGACGGUUUUGAUGAGGCUUCAGAUGAAUAUCAAGAAGAAAGUGAUCCUGAGUACUGCUCUUGGGAUUGGAUCGAUCUCUUGCUUCAUCUCCAUUUACAAAAGUACAAGACUACCAUCUCUCGCCAGCGAAGACUUCACGUAUGACAGUGCGGAGCUUGUUGUGUGGACCAUGUGA